GUUUUCUCUCCCUCCCUCUCCAACAAAGCUCUGUGUUUUUUUUUGUUGGGUUCGAGGCGCGUAAAAUAUCCAGCCUGUGCGUCAGAUCACCACACGCAGCAGCAGCUCCACCUCCUCUUCCUCCUCCUCUCGAGCUCCGUUCUUCUUCGUCCCACGGACCCCUCCACUCGAUCUGCUCGUCGCUUCUUCUCUCCCUUCACUCGCUCUCUCGCCCCUCGCCACCAUGCCCCAGGUGGUCGUGAACUCGCAGGCGGUGACGUCGCGCCUGGGCGUCGUGCGCGUGCUCCAGGUGGCUUUCACCUGCGUCGCAUUCAGCCUCGUGGCGCACAGCGGAGGCAAGGCGCACUCGUACGGCGACUUCUGCAUGUUCGCCUGGUGCGCAUGCUUCGCCUGCUCCCUCUUUAUGCUUCUCCUCGAGCUGUUCGACCAGCGAAGCUGCGCGCAGAUCUCCUGGCAGAACCUGACGGUCACGUACGCCAUGCUGGCCGCGCUGCUGCUGCUGUCCGCCUCCGUGCUGCAUCCCGUCUACCGGCUGCGCAGGAUCUCGUGCGGCAACUGCGAGCAGCGCACCUUCACCAUCGUGGCGACCGUCUUCUCGUGCCUCGCGUUCCUCGCCUACGCCGCAGAGGUGGCCCUGACGCGGGCACGCCCCGGGGAGGUCACGGGCUACAUGGCCAGCGUGCCCGGCUUGCUCAAGGUGCUGGAGGCGUUCGUGGCGUGCCUCAUCUUCGUGGUGCUGGCAGAUCGUCCGGGGCUGUACUCACGCUACGCGGCGCUGCAGUGGUGCCUGGCCGUGUACUGCGUCUGCUUCGUGCUGGUGGCGGUCGUCAUCCUGCUCACCGUGUGCCAGAGCACGGGCCGACUCUGCCUGCCCUUCGACCGCUUCCUGGCCCUGUGUGGCUUUGUAGCCGUGCUGGGUUACGUGACGGCCGCGGUGCUGUGGCCCGUCUACUGCUUCUCCGACAAAGACGGCCACCCUCGCCGCACGCCCGACUGCCGAUUCGUGGGCGGCUGCGACUGGGACAUGCAGCUGGCGGUGACUGUGUUCACCUACGUGAACCUGCUGGCCUACGUGGCCGAUAUGGUCUACUCAAGCCGCCUGGUCAUCAUCAGCCGCUCCUGAUGGAGGGGAGAGG